ACAUACCACAAUCACUUUUACCUUUGAUACUGCAAAUUCUUCUUUGUUAGUCAAAAGCAACUCUGGCCUCUGGGUCCCCACACCCCCACUAUUUCAGUACAUUUCACCAAGGAAAAACACUUUCACUAAUUCCCUUCUGCUUUUUUAAUCAUUAUCAUCCCUCAAUCUUCAACUCAAAAGCUUACAUCAUUAAAAUAGUACUACUACCAAACAGAAAUUCAAACACUCUUUAUUCUACUACGAUUAGUAGUACUAUUCGAUCAAGAACCAUUUAAGACAUUGCACUAAUCCUCAAAUGAUUAUCCAACUGUAAAGCAAGAUCCAUCACUCCCCCUUAAAAAAAGAACAAAAAUAGAACUUAACAAAAACCUCUUGAACCUAGCAAGUCCUCAAAGUUCUCAACUUUCUUCUCCAUUUCUUGAAAUUUCUCUGUCCCAAGUGAGUUAGGACCUAAAACUAGAGAAACAAUGACUUCAAGACAGCCAAUUCCUUCAAAUCCAAGACACACGACAAGUAUAACUUUUCUCAUCAUUACAACCUUAGCUUCACUUAUAAUCCUGUUUGCCAUUCUUUAUUUUCUUUACUAUCUUUGGUACUCUUUGGUGCACCGUUCAAGAACUAAUCCUUUUGAUUCCAACACACCUCUUGUUAAGCUCCAUAGGUUCAGUUACAAAGAGCUAAAAUCAGCAACAGAAGGUUUUAGUGAUUCCACUUCAAUUGGAAAAGGUGGAUCUGGAACUGUAUUUAAAGGAAUUCUUAAAGAUGGGAAAUUAGUUGCAGUUAAGUUAUUGGACUCUGAUUCAUUUCAAAGUGAAAGGGAGUUUCAAAAUGAGCUUCAAAUUCUUGGUGGGAUAAAAUCUCCACUUGUAGUUUCACUUCUUGGUUAUUGUGUAGAGAAAAGUAAGAGACUUGUAGUUUAUGAGUAUAUGCCUAAUAGAAGUUUGCAAGAAUUACUUUUUAAUGAGUCAAAUUUGUGUAUGAAUUGGUCUAGAAGGUUUGAUGUUAUUCUUGAUGUUGCUAGAGCAUUAGCAUUUUUGCACCUUGAUUGUGACCCCCCAGUGAUUCAUGGGGAUGUUAAGCCUAGCAAUGUGCUUCUUGAUUCAGAGUAUAGAGCUAAACUUUCUGACUUUGGGUUGUCAAGAUUGAAACUUGAGGAAGAAUUUGGUAUGGAUAUGUUCAGUCAAGAAAUGGGGAAGAGUCAAGAACUUUGGAAAAGUCAAGACCUUUCUGGGAAUUUAGGGGCAAUGACUACUACAGGUACUGAGACUCCAACACCUAUUGGGACACCUAUGGAGAGUCAAGAUGAGGUAGAUUUUGCUAUGGCUUUACAAGCUUCAUCUUCUUCCAAAGGUAGUAAAAGUUUCCAAAAUAUUAGACCCUUUGGCUUUAAUUCUGUUACCCAAAAUUUGAGUUUUUCUAAUGAGAAUGAUGUAACAACUAGGAAUGCCAAGGGAAAGGAAGUAUCAGUUACAGAAAAUGGUGUAGCAAGUUAUGAAGAGGAGUUGGACUUAGGUGCUACUUUGGGUGGUGGGGAUGAUAAAGCAAGAAAUAUCAAACAAUGGGGUAAAGAUUGGUGGUGGAAACAGGAUGGUAGUGGUGAAUUAUGUAGCAAAGAUUAUGUAAUGGAGUGGAUUGGAAGCCAGAUUUGCCCAGCAACUAAUCCUGAGUGGGACUUAGAAAAGAAAUGCUCGCCCCGGGAAAACAAUUUGGAUAUUUCAGCACCUCAGAGUAAAUUUGAGGAAGUGCAAGAAACCACAUUACAAGAGCAAGAGGCAGAAAUUCCGAAGAAAGAGUCCCAGGAGGACUUGGCGAAGAAUGGAAAAACACGUAAUAAGAAGCCGAGGAAGAUGAAAGAGUGGUGGAAAGAAGAGCACCUUGAUGAACUAAACAAGAAGAAUAAGAAGGCCAAGAAGCUAGAAAGUUACUGUAAAAAGCGGUUCAAGAUACCACAUUUUGAUAUAGGUAAACGCAUGCGGUUCAAGAGAAAGAGAAAAUUCGGAAUGCAGGACCAAAAUGGAGAUGAUCCGGAUGGUGAAUUCAGUUUUAGGAAAGGUUGGAAGAGAAAGCAUUCACGUUCAAUGGGGAGUGAUAUGUGGAGCGGUGAUCUAUUCAGUCGAGAAUUGAGCAGCACGACGAGCAUGAGAGGUACAUUGUGCUAUGUUGCACCAGAAUAUGGAGGGUGUGGUUACUUGAUGGAAAAGGCUGAUAUAUACAGCUUUGGAGUUCUUGUCCUUGUAAUAGUCUCCGGUAGGAGGCCUUUACAUGUCCUUAAUUCGCCAAUGAAACUCGAGAAAGCAAAUUUAAUAAGCUGGUGUAAACAGCUAGCUCAAGGUGGAAAUGUGUUAGAACUUGUUGACGACAGACUGAAAGAUGACUACAACAAAGACCAAGCAAGUCUUUGCAUUAACUUGGCACUUGCUUGCUUACAGAAAAUGCCCGAAUUAAGGCCGGAUAUUAGUGACAUUGUUAAGAUUUUGAAAGGUGAGAUGGAGUUACCAUCUCUCCCUUUCGAAUUCUCUCCCUCCCCACCUUCGAGAACGUUCAGUAGAUCAAGGAGACGACAGAAGAGUUAUGCAGAAUAGGUUCCUUUUCAAAAUUAGUUCUCCAUUUUCAGAAAUUUUUACAAGUGUGUAUGUUGAGAAUGAGUUGUUUUUUAAUGUAAAUAUGAUGAAUGUUUUUGUAAUUGUCCUACUGAUGAUUAAUAGCUGCAGUCUACAAUUGCUA